AUGGACGUCGAGAGAUCGUCACUGUGCAAUUGCGUGGUUAAUUUUCUGCUCGAAGAGAAUUACCUGCUGUCGGCGUUCGAGCUUCUCCAUGAGCUCCUUGACGACGGCCGCGAUGAUCAGGCGAUUCGCCUCAAGCAGUUCUUCUCCGAUCCGACUCACUUUCCCCCCGAUCAGAUCUCACGCUUUAACUCUCUUCGAGUGGCAGACCCCCAAAGUCUGUUUGAAGAAAAGGAAUCGCUGGAAGAAAAAUUAGCUGUGCGUGAAUAUGAGCUUCGUCUUGCUCAAGAGGAUAUUCAUAACAUCAAGUCUGAGUUACUGAAGAAAACUGAGACCAACUUGGAUGAAUCAAAUGGAAGAAGUGCUAAUAGUACUAAAGAUAACAUACAAAUUGUCGAACAAGUAAAGAGGGACGAGUCUUUCUUAGAUUUGGGUCCUCUGAAGGACAAUGAGCGAUUGGAUUUAAACUGUGCAGUGAAGGAGUAUUUACUAUUAGCUGGAUACCGUUUAACUGCAAUGACAUUUUAUGAAGAGGUCACUGACCAAAAUUUGGAUGUAUGGCAAAACUCAUCUGCAUGUGUACCUGAUGCGCUGCGACAUUAUUAUUAUGAGUAUCUUUCUUCAACUGCAGAGGGUGCAGAGGAAAAAAUAGCUUUGCAGAAAGAGAAUGACAGGCUGAAGUCCUUAGUGCGAAACAAAGAGAUGUCAGAUUCACAAGUCAUGGUAUUGACCAAAUCGUUGGAAUCGGUACAGAAAGAUAUCAAGGACAAAGAAAAUUUAGUCCAUGGUUUGAAGAAGACUUUGGAAAGCCAAAGAAUGGAACUAAAUGAUUGUAGAGUUGAAAUAACUGCGCUAAAAAUGCAUAUCGAAGGAUAUCAAUCUGGUAAAUAUGUUGUAGCCACAGGCUCUGAACUCAUCCAACCAGUACCACAGGGCCAGGAUGAGAAUAAUGAAAUUCUUGAGAGUGAAACAGAAAUGUUGAAAGCCAAAACGCCUUUGAGUAUGGACCCAGUUCACUCAAUGGUAAGAGAGGAAGGAAAUGAUGGAGAAGUGGACAAAGCUGAAGAUCCACAAGGAAAUGUUGAUGAAUCUUCUAGAGUUGGUACGUUGGCUGAUUUAAUGAUUGUGGAUACUGAGAUGAUGGAGAAACAGCAUUCUGAUGUCAGCAAUGCCAGAUCUGAGAAAAUGUCAAAAGAAUUACCAACUUCUUCAGGUGAAAGUGGAUUUCAUGGAGACGGAGAAAAUAUUUGCAAGGAAAAUGGAACACUUUCCUCAAUGACUGAUAGUUUGCUUACCAAGCCGGACAACCUUGAUGCUGAAUCAACUGCUGACAAAACGGGUUUGGGAACUAUUGAGAUACUUUCAAAUGCUUUGCCUAAAAUUGUACCUUACGUUCUAAUCAACCAUCGAGAGGAGCUGCUUCCUCUGAUUAUGUGUGCAAUUGAGCGCCAUCCAGACUGUGCCACUCGUGAUUCCCUGACCCAUACGUUAUUUAACUUAAUAAAGCGUCCCGAUGAGCAGCAGAGACAAAUUAUAAUGGAUGCUUGUGUUACUCUUGCAAAGAAUGUUGGAGAGUUGAGAACAGAAACAGAAUUGCUUCCCCAGUGUUGGGAACAAAUUAAUCACAUGUAUGAGGAACGUAGGCUUCUUGUUGCUCAGUCAUGCGGUGAGCUUGCAGAAUUUGUGCGGCCAGAGAUACGCGACUCCCUUAUCUUGUCCAUUGUGCAACAGCUUAUCGAGGACUCUGCUACAGUCGUGAGGGAGUCUGCAGCUCAUAAUCUCGCUUUGUUGCUGGCACUCUUCCCAAACACGGACAAAUAUUUCAAGGUUGAGGAUAUGAUGUUUCAAUUGGUUUGUGAUCCCUCGGGAGUUGUUGUCGAGACUACUAUCAAGGAUUUAGUGCCUGCUCUAAUAAAUUGGGGAGAUAAGUUGGAUCAUAUGUUACAAAUUCUUCUCUCUCAUAUCUUGGAGUGUGCUCAGCGUUGCCCACCUAUUUCUGGGGUUGAAGGUUCCAUUGAGUCACAUCUACACGCGUUAGGCGAAAGAGAACGUUGGAAUGUUGAUGUAUUAUUGCGGCUGCUUGCCGAACUUCUUUCAUGUGUCCACAGGAGAACUCUUGAGACUUGUCCAAUUUCUUCAGUUUCAGAUUCAUCAACACUAUCAUUCACUCAAUCAUUGCUUCAUAUAUAUGCGGAGGGACAAGUGGAGUGGCCUGCCUUUGAGUGGAUGCACAUGGACUGUUUUCCCACUUUGAUUCAGUUGUCCUCUUUAUUGCCUCAGAAGGAGGAUAAUAUCAGAAACCGUAUAACUAAGUUUCUGCUGGCAGUGGCUGAACGUUUUGGGGAACCUUACUUGACACACAUCAUGUUGCCAGUGUUUUUAGUAGCUGUUGGAGAUGAUGCUGAUAAAAAAUACUUUCCAUUCAAAGCCCAGUCCAGACUUAGAGGUUUGAGGCCUCAAUCUACAAUAGAUCAGAGGAUUGCUACAAUGUGUGUACUACCACUUCUUCUGGCGGGCAUACUUGGUCACCCAAGCAAGCGUGAGCUCUUGGCCGAGUACUUGAGGAAUUUACUGAUUCAAAGUUCUAAUCAGGAUAAUCAGUCAGCAAAUCACGAGAUCAUAAAUUCUAUUCGCUUUGUUUGUACCUUUGAAGAAAACCAUGGUAUAAUAUUUAACAUUCUAUGGGAAAUGAUUGCAAGUACUGCUGUAAAUCAGAAAGUCAAUGCUGCCAAACUUCUGAAAGUCAUUGUACCAUAUAUUGAUGCAAAGGUUGCCUCAUCCCAUGUCUUACCAGCUCUAGUGACUCUUGGUUCAGACCAAAACCUAAACGUAAAAUAUGCAAGCAUUGAUGCUUUUGGUGCUGUAGCACAACAUUUUAAGAAUGACAUGAUUGUUGACAAAAUACGAAUUCAGAUGGAUACUUUUCUUGAAGAUGGAUCACACGAAGCUACUGUUGCUGUGAUUCGUGCAUUGCUGAUUUUUCUGUUUACGGGAUUGCCCCCUCCUUCAAGUGAUAUAGGACGUCGGAGAGAAAGAGCUAAUGCAUUUUGUGAAACAAUUCGUGCUCUUGAUGCAACAGACCUUCCUGCUUCUAGCAUCAGGGACUACCUCCUUCCAGCAAUCCAGAAUCUAAUGAAGGACACAGAUGCCCUCGACCCAGCCCACAAGGAGGCCCUCGAGAUCAUACUCAAGGAGAGAUCGGGCGGGACCUUCGAGACCAUCAGCAAGCUCAAUAUUAGUGCAAUGUCUCGGCAAAUCCCCCGUUGGAAGCUCCACUAUUCGUCGAGCUGCUCACCAUAUGUCGAGAAGGAUUUUGGUAAGUGGUCAAGGGUUUCUGAUCGAACAAUUGAUACUCUAAGGGAGAAUUUUCGUUCAAGGGUCGAGGGUUUUGGAUCGGGCAAUUGA